CCUCAGAAAAUCCGGGCAGUUUACGACUCCAACCCCACCAAGUUCAAAACGCUGCAAAACAUCUUGGAGGUGGAGAAGGAGAUGCACGGCUCGGCCUGGCCCAAGACAGGCGCUACACUGGCGCUGAUGUGGUUGAAAAGGGGCCUGAAGUUCAUGCUGGUGUUGCUGCAGAGCAUCUCUGACGGCGAGCGGGACGAGGAGCAUCCGAACCUCAUCCGAGUCAACGCCAUGAAGGCUUACGAGAUCGCGCUGAAGAAAUACCACGGCUGGAUGCUGCAGAAGCUCUUCACGGGCUCGGUCUAUGCUCUUCCAUACCGAUCAGAUUUGCUGAAGGCGUUAGAGAAGGGCAAAGAAGUAAAAGAGGAGGAAAGCCUCGAGAAAAUUCAUCAGUUCCUCUCGAGGGUCACCCCCAUCCUGGAUGCGAUUUAUGAGAUGUACACGAAGAUGAAUGCUGAGCUGAGCUACAAAGCCUAAAAGCUC